CUAGUCGCUUACUCAACAAGCCGGCUUUGUCGCUGCUCUUCGUCUGCUCUUUGGCUUUGGCCCAAACUGACUACGGACCUGAUAAUUGGUUUUUUGAGUUCUCUUUUUGUUUUGAUUCGUCGCUGCUGAAAUCGAAAUCUGAAUAGAGCUGGACGUGGAAGUAAGAUAUGCAUGCUGGCUUGGAGAUUGGACCAAUUUAUUUCAAUUUCGCACUUGGACGGGUUACGUUGUGUUGCCGGAGAUCCAACUUUUGAUUUCGAUCGUAUAAAAUGCGUCGCCCAGAACUUAUCAGCCUUUUCAUCUGCAUCCUUUGGCUAAAUGGGGAUCGCGGAGCCUCCGCUUGCCACUGCAUCCGCCUGGGGAAGUGUGCUUCCUUUGCCCGCCUGCUACUGCAUCACGGUCCCGGUGAACAGUCCGCCGUGUUCGCCAAAGUGCACGACGCCAGUUGUGGUUUCCAAGGCCUCGAACUACUGGUCUGCUGUCCCACAUCUCGCAAACAAAUCCGCGAUGACUCAUUCUUAGCCAAGCCAAGUCGCAUGAUGCGUUUUGCCCCGCCGGUCGAUCGCUGGAUUUGGGAUGAUGGUGGGGAGAGUACGGGCAGUAGACACAGCCACAGCCACUCGGAUUAUCUGGAGACGGAAACGAAUCUCCACAACUAUUGGGACUUUGGGGAGCAACGCAACUGUCCACCGGUAGUGGAGCCCGAAUUUUUCGACAAGCGUUUUGGUUUAGGUCACCACUUCCUUUAUCAAGUGGAGCAUGGAGACGAGGGUACCACUUCGACGCGACCUACUCCCAAGGACAAGCCCAUUGUGUUUCCCGGCGAUCUGCGCUUUCUGCAGCAAGGCGAAGAAGAUGUCAGCUUUAACAUAGAAAAAGGACCUCCACUGGCUCCAUUUACCACCACUCCACCUACAACAAUCGCAACCAGUCCACCUUCUACAACACCCACAUCGAUAUUGCCUUUACGGCGAGAGAACCCAACAGGAUGUGGUAUGAGUGUAGAGAGCCGACUAUUAGGAGGGGAACAGGCCACAGCUGGACAAUAUCCCUGGUUGGCCAGGAUCGCCUAUCGCAACCGAAGCAGCAGCCGAAGUAGUUUUCGUUGCUCCGGAUCCCUGAUCUCCAGCAACCACAUCGUGACUGCCGCUCAUUGUGUUAUCAAUUUGGUCAGCGAUUUGGAGUUAUCUCAUGUACGAUUGGGAAGUCAGAAUGACUCAAACUCGUUUGCCAUCGAGCGGGUUAUUGUGCAUCCUAACUACGAUCAACCAAAGUAUGCCAACGACAUCGCUGUGGUCAGGAUAAAUAGCACCAAUGGCGCCUUUACACCCAUCUGCUUACCCUUGGAAGGAUCAACCACACUCGGGAACAGGCUGAUUGGACAAACGGGAGUUGCUGCCGGCUGGAGUACUGGUAAUCCGGAAAAUAAUCGCUCUGUGGACUCCGCAAACACUUCCGCCGGGGUGCGCUUUAUCCGAUUGCCUAUAGUGAACACCACCAGCUGCGCCAUCGCAUAUGCAAGCCUUAGCGAGAACUUCCAGCAACCCAUCGUCAUCACCCCGAACCACCUGUGUGCCCAGGGAAUGCCCAUGAACGACGUCUGCCGAGGGGACAGUGGCGGACCCUUUAUGGACGACGGAACCUCUGGUCUGUUCGGAACUAGUGGACGCCAUACGCUUAUAGGAAUAGUUGCCUUCGGACCCACUCUGUGCGGUGUUACCACUAUUCCGGGGGUCUAUACCUUGGUGAGCAGUUUCUCCGAUUGGAUCUUGCGGAGCAUCAACGGAGAAACGAACCAGUGAGAGAUCAUGACGGGAUCCCAAUCCGACAAAGCUUAUCCAAAACUUCAAUACCAAAGCCUUCAGAGUACAUUCAAAUAGAAAACGGUGAACCAUUCAUUCGGUGGAUUAAUGAAAAAAGUUCUGCUGCCUAUUUAAAUCAACAAUAAUAAAAUGUGCAUUUAAAACAUU